UUAGGGCUAAAACUGGCUUAAUAAAUGUAGCAUUUAAGCUUUUUUAAAACUCCCGUUAUAAGCGAAUAAAUAUGGGCGAAUUAAAUGCUCUCAGUUGCGUGGGACAGAAUGACCUCGUUUCCUUGCGUAUUGUCUGCACCCUGGCACAAAACAAGCGAAAUAAGCUAAGCUUGGAGGAUAUGGACGGCUAUGGAAACACCGCCUUGCUUAAGGCUUGUUAUCUGGGAAGAUUCGAGUGUGCUCGCACUCUUCUUCAUUUCGGUGCGAAUAUAUUUGCUGUUAACUAUUUUGGACAAAAUGCUCUUACCUUGGCCACUUGCGCUGGCCAUUUGCCAUUGGUCCAAGAGCUCUUGUGCAGGCGAUCUUACAAGGACUUCAAUCGGUCCUCCUUGAUUCCAGCUUUAUGUGUGGCCGUAAUGAAAAAACAUGCUGAUUUGGAAAAAUAUUUCAUCGGACUGGAUCCGGUUGGUGUUCAUAGCACUCAAACCGUUCAUGGGCUGGGAGUAAGCGACCUUAAGAAAAUGAUAACUGAAGCAGAUAGACUCAAUAAGCGUCGGCAUCCUCCGUCACCAACUUUUCUUAAUUGCAAAUUUCGUUAAUCAAAUGUGUUUUAUGUAUUGGAAUUUAUUUAUUUUAAAAUGUAUUGCAUUGAAGUGAA